CGCCGCCCGGUCGCUGGUGGGGGAAGGAAGAUGGCGGCCGGCCGCGGUGGGGGUUCGUGAGGCGGCGGCGGCGGCUUCCGGGCCCGGAGGGACGAGGCAGGUGGCGAGGCGGCAGGGCACGGAGGCGGGGUACGAGAGACAGGCCGGACGUCUUUCAGAAACAGGAUAGCCAUGGCCACAGAAAUUGGCUCCCCGCCCCGAUUUUUCCAUAUGCCGAGGUUCCAGCACCAGGCGCCUCGGCAGUUGUUCUACAAAAGACCUGAUUUUGCACAGCAGCAAGCAAUGCAACAGCUUACUUUUGAUGGAAAGCGGAUGAGAAAAGCUGUGAACCGAAAGACCAUAGACUACAAUCCCUCUGUAAUUAAGUAUUUAGAGAAUAGAGUAUGGCAGAGAGACCAGCGAGAUAUGCGAGCAAUCCAGCCUGAUGCAGGAUAUUAUAAUGAUUUGGUCCCUCCUAUAGGAAUGCUGAACAACCCGAUGAAUGCUGUAACAACAAAAUUUGUUCGGACAUCUACUAAUAAAGUAAAAUGCCCAGUGUUUGUUGUCAGGUGGACUCCUGAGGGGAGACGCUUGGUCACUGGUGCAUCUAGUGGAGAGUUCACUUUAUGGAAUGGACUGACUUUCAAUUUUGAAACAAUAUUGCAGGCUCACGACAGCCCUGUAAGGGCUAUGACUUGGUCACACAAUGAUAUGUGGAUGCUGACAGCAGACCACGGGGGAUAUGUGAAAUACUGGCAGUCCAACAUGAACAACGUCAAGAUGUUCCAGGCACAUAAGGAGGCGAUUAGAGAGGCCAGUUUCUCACCCACGGAUAAUAAAUUUGCUACAUGCUCUGACGACGGCACUGUUAGAAUCUGGGACUUUCUACGUUGCCAUGAGGAGAGAAUUCUUCGAGAACACGCAUCUUCAUGCAGAGGAUUCAGUUCUCAUGGGAGUGCCUUCCAUUCUGGUUUCUUCAGAGGCAAGGUAGCUACUUUUUUUUUUUUUUCAGUCCUUCAGAGGAGGAGAGCAUCUAGGUAGAGAAGACUAGUAAAUUUUGAUCACGUCGUGCGUAGCACGUACAAAUAAUCCUAGCUUUGAUUCAACAGUUUUCUGUCCAAUAUCUGCGUACACUAACUUCUGGUGCCUUUCCAUUGGCCUUGUUGAGCUUUCUACUUCUCUUGUUGCGAUCUUACUGAGCCUUAAUAAUAGCUUCUGGCAAGUGUUCCUUUCUUGCAGAAGAUGUCAAAGGUACAUAAUUUAAUAGGAGAAUGUAUUAAGACUGCUGUGAGGUUGGGCGUUGUAGACAUGCAGGUAAACUGCAAUUAAAGUAUGCAGUAAAAACAUGGAAUUUUGGUUUUAGAUGUGUGAGCUUGUUCAGUGCUUUUUCCUAAACUAAAGAUUUGUGUACUUACUGAUUUUUAAAUCAUGCUUCCAAACUGGACCGGCAUUAUGUAUUUAGGAAGUAGAGCUUUCCUUUUUCUCUUGACUCUUACGCUCUCUUCUUGUUUUACUAAUUACAUUACUUUUAAACACCGCUACUUUGAGAAGACAUUGGGCUCCAGCGUUCUUGGCAGUGAUGAUAUUCUUAACAGAAUCUGUACAUAGACAUUAUGGUAGAUGUGUUCUUUGCAGGAGCUGACAAGCAAAUUCUUGGCUAUAUCAUUUACACCUGUUAAUUCUGGAAGGACCCAAACAGAUUUGGGAUUGUUUUGCUUGAUGAUUUUCAGAAGAAAUCAUUCUGUACUAAAAACAUUCCAUACCCUCCUCCGCGUUUGUACUAACUACUCAUUUAUACUGUGUGGAGGAAAUGGAGAUGCAGAGGUGUCAAGAUCGUAAAAAUCACUCCAAUUCUUCUACAUUCUUUUAAUGUUCUGCAUAAAGUAGAAGUACUAAAGCAUACAAUUUAGGCCACAGAGAACAGAACUUGCAUUACAUUUCCAUCUGUUUCCUCGCAUACUUGAACACUGUGAUUGUGACAGUAUCUCAGAUAGAAUUAUGCUUUAAUUUCUUGCAGUUUACACGCCUCAAUAUACAAUUUUUAGUGUGCAAAGUAUCUCUAUUAAGAGUAUCUUAACCUCUUAUAUCAUGUACCCACAAUAUGCUUAACCUUUUAGGCAAGUUGGAAAUAUUACAUACCUGGAUGAAAUUGGACAGGGCAGAUGAUUUCUCGUUUCUGCUUUCAGAUAAGCAAAAAAAGAAGACGCCCCCUCCCUGCACGCCGCCCCCCCCGCCCCCGACAAACCAGCCCAAUCACCACCACGAAAAAAUCCGCCACAACAAAACAAAGAUAAUACUCCCAACACUCAGGGGUUUGGGUGGGAAGAUGUUUCUGCAAAACAUGCAGGUUUGAUUUGGUCUUGGUCCCUAGCACUGUUAUUAAAUAUGGUCAGACUUACUUGAAAGAGCUGUAUGGGUAAUACUUGGGUAGCUUUCUUGGUGGGAAAUACAAGCUUCAUUUUGUUAUUUGGAGUUUAGAGCCUAUGGCUUUAGGAAGCUGAUCUUCAGCUUUUUGCAUCUCUACAUGGAUUCUGCUUUUACAUAUUUAGGAGUGUGACCUGUAAUACUUUGCUUAGUGUAGCCUUCGAAAUAUGUAAAUACUUAUGCCAUUGCCAUUCUGAAGUUAGUGAUCUGUAAAUUAAAGUUCUGGUGGCACUUCAUUAAAAAUAUAUUUCGUUACAUACAAAAAGCAUUUAGAUCAAAUACCGUGCUAAAUAUUUCCUGCUUCCACAAAUCGUGCUCCAGGUAUUCUGGCUAACAUGGAUGCUGUGAAGUUGCAGGGAUUCAACGUUGCAGUUUAGGUCCAAAGCUUCGCUUAAAAUGUGUUAAGGUAUUCCUUAGGUUAUCACACUGGAUUAUAAAAAUAAAAUGAAAAUAUCAAUUUAGUCAGAUGUGUUCUUAAAAAAGAUAAUCACUCCCAGGGAUACAAUAUCAAUGUAUCAUUGAUUUUUCAGUAACAAGUGAUAUAUGUUAAAACACAGAUCUGAGGACUUCAAUGCCAAGGAAUGCUUUUAAAGCAAUUCUGUAAAGAGCAUUAAAGGGACUGGGAUCAGCUUUGCUGAUGUAAAAGGACAAAAUUCUAUAGACUUGUUGCAGGUGCUUUUGUUUGUACUAGAAUUAACUACUGUAAUUUACUUCUAUUAUUUGAUGAAAUGGUUCCCUUAAAACUGGUCUGAAGGGGCAAUUCAAGUAUUACCUUCUAAAGAGGAUUGGAAAAACAAAUUGGAAGUGGUAAAUUACAUAUAUUGUCUUAAGGUUUUGGUGGAGUUCUUUCAGCUGCCUAUGGUCGGCUACACAAUUUUUUCAGUAGUUAAAGCCAUUGAAUGUGUGGGCUGCAUGAGAAACACUGUCCAGCUUCCUUUUUCAUGUGUCAAAAUGAAAUUAAAUAGGACACCCUGUUUUGUUCUUCAUACAUAAUGCCAGAAGUUCUAGAUCUUCUGUGAUCUCGCUCAGUCCCUUUGCUGCCCAGCUUUUCACGAAUUCAUGUUACUUUGCUGCUGUUUCUACCAUGGUGGCUUUCUAGGGCAUAGUAGGUGUGGAGUUUAGGCGUUUCGUUAGAAGUAUGUGCAAAUUUAUCAGGCUCCUUUUUAAUAUUGUAAAGAAAUAAAUAGGUUUAAAAUCUUCAAUUUCUUGGGGAAUCAUCUUUAAUUAAUUCAUCUUCAAGUGAAUUAUUUUGGAAGAACUUGAAGGUGGGGGAAAUGGCAUUGAGUGUCAUAACUCACUUACCUGUUCGCUUCCCUGCAAUUAUUGUCUGUCUUUUCUCUUGAAGUAAAGGUACUGUACUCCUAAUUCUGCAUCAAUAGUUUCUGCCUGUGUUAAUUUCUGUCAUGUUACCAUCCUGAUGAUAGUAACAGGUACAGUUUGGUGCACUUACUAAAAUACACUGGUAGCAAUCUUAGCCAAUAAUAAAAUAAAAAAUGUUUUUGUUAAAAUAAUAAGACAUGGAAAACAAGCUGUAGUAUAGCAGUAUGUAAUUUUCAUGCCAAUAAUCUGUUACUCAGAAAGACAUUUCCAAUAAUGGCACUUUAGACUAAACACCCGAUAGUAUUAUUAUAAACAGUUGCAGUGAAGUUAAUGCCAGGACCCAUGUAAUCAGUCCCCAUUUAUGUAAGAACACGUACAGUGGUGGCUUUUAGUAAUGGUAAAAACAUUUGGUGAAAAAACAUGUGCACUAAAAACUUGAUGUCCUUUUAUUUCUAUUGAGAAAUUAAUGUUAGCAAUAAGUUGACUUGUGGCUCUGAAUCUCUGGAUAUUGGGUCUGUCUGAUGUAUCCCUGAGAACAUUUUGGGUAGAUCAUGAGUAAACACAUGAUUCCUUAAUUAUUCCCAGCAUGACAUCAUGGGUUAGGGGGCUACAAACACAUCUCAGUGUUGUCAGUUCCACUGUCCGUCCUCCUUCCUUUCACAGUCACACAUGGAGAAUCUAGUAGAAAUGUGUGCUUGGGAGGACUGUAAGGUUUUCAUUCUGAAGCCUGGCUGAGCUGUAUGUUCCCAGGAUUUCAAAGGUUGCCUGCCUUAAAUAAGUCUUUUUGAGGAGGAUGACUACCCAGCUCUCUGAAGGCUGGCAACCCAAUUUUUGAGAAGAUAUUUUGUAGAUAAGUUUUUCUGUUUUCUGGCUGUAAAAUAGGGUAAUACACUAAAUUAUCUUCUUGCCAGCAAUGGUAAAUUUGGCAAAAGAUUUUCCCUAUCUUAACUAAAAGCAAUCAUAAUUCCUUCACGUUCUGUCUGGAUUUAAAAUUUGUAGUUUGUUACAACAUGUAAUUUCUUACUAGUACGUGAUUUACUUGAAGGAAAGUCUUUUGUCUGUCUUUUAACAUUGUUCUGCCUGGAAUUUCCUGUUGAGGCAUAACACCAGUGCAAAAAGUCUUCACCUACAAAAUAACAUUUCUGUGUAUGCACGCAUUCAGAAGUCACAGCAAUCACAGUAAACUCGCUUUUCAUCUGCUCACAAGUUUAGAAAAACUGUCUCCACAGCUAGUCAUACUGAAAUAACUGGAGAAUUUUUAUUUAUUCCUUCUUUCUGUUCUGUUCCUGGAUCUUCAUUAGCAAAGCAAAUACAAUGAAGUGUCUUCAGAUGUUUAACAUAUGGUUUGUAUACACUGCCUGAAAGUGAAGGAUCUCUUCAGAGUUUUUGAAGUCAGUUUUCUCAGUCAAAUGUGUUCAGUAGUUAAGGAACCUGAGAACCAGAACUAACAGAACUGUAUCUUCAGUUUGGCCUUCACUUUUAACCAUAACGUUCGAGCUCUUAACCUUUGAAGCUGGUAGCUUAUAGAACUGUUACCUUUUCCUGGAGUGUAGUUGAAGUCUACAUUGAUAAUUUAAAAUUAAAAAUAAUCCUGAUGUUGCCAUUUCCAUUUUUCUUCCCUUUAUGUGAGCUUUUUCCUUUUCCUUGUCCCAGUAGGGAGAGAAACCCCAGAAAAUUCAAGAAAUGGGUGUAUUGAUACUGUGUUUCUUGUAAGGAGAUAGUGUUUAAACCUUCAGGGUUUUAGUGGGGGCUUGCUUCUUCAUACUGUUAGGAUUUCAGGUGUAUCUGAUAUGUCUUUCAGUCUACUGAUACAUCCCUACAUUAAUGAGUAUUAGAAAGAUUUUUUCAUCAGAACAAAAGCCCAAGAUGAGAUGAGACGUGGCUGAUACUGUGUCAAUUGAGAGAAGGAAAGUCCUUCAGUUUUUUAACUUAAGGAUGAGCUGUUCUGAAAUGCUGGGAUUGAAUCAGUUAAAUCUCCUAUUUCUUUGGCAUGUUUUAGUAUGCUGGCUCGUAGUGCAGGUCUCUGUUCUUCACAGAUUAUUGCCAAGGCAAGGUUUGGGAUGGGGGAGAGGGGUAAGUUGCAGCUCUUUCGAGGUACAGUUGUGCUCUAAAUGGCUGUGCGUCAAACUUCAUGUGUUUUAGACACAAGGGAGGCUAGGGAACUCGCUCACUGGGAUGUUAAUAGACAGUUAACGUAGUAACCUAGUGAGAGGGGAAGAAUCCAGUCACUUCUUGCUUGAGGCUACUAAAAAAUACACAGGUGUCAUUUAGCAACUCAGUUUUAUUCCUGAAUAUGACUGUCAAGGCUAC